GGGGGACUCCCUUACAUAUUUGUACUGUUCCAACUUGACAGAAAAUCAAGAUUUCAGUUGGUACGAUCCAAACAGGUUCUGACUUCCUUCUCCUCUGACUUCCUCUCUAUAAAUCUGAUUAAAAAAUCUACCAAGUGUGAAAACCCGGGCUGAGGUUGAAGGAAGAGACGCAGUAAGUUCACUCUCAGUUUGUUCAGAAAAUCUAUCUAUGGACCUGAGAGAAUUCGAGACAGAGUGGAGGACGGUGCUGAGCUCCAUCCUGGAAGAGCUGACGGAGGAACAAUUUCGGAAACUUGUGUCCAACCUGGAGGAGAUCCCUCAGGGGAAGAGGGAGGGGCGGCCGCGGGAAGAGAUAACCAGCCUCAUCAUCCAGUACUACGGCACCGAGGAAUCCAUCGAACUCAUCGACGACCUGAUGGACAAGCUGCCCAGGCAGGACGCCGCCGUGCAGCAGCCGCUCAGAGACAUGAAGGACGAGCUGGAGAAAUUCAAGGAGCAAAACCAAGGGGGUGAGCGUGUUCCGCUACACAAGGAGGAGGGAGAAGAGGAGGACGACGAGGAGGAGGAGAUGGACCUGAGAGAAUUGGAGACAGAGUGGAGGACGGUGCUGAGCUCCAUCCUGGACGAGCUGACGGUGGAACAAUUUCGAAAACUUGUGUCCAACCUGGAGGAGAUCCCUCAGGGGAAGAGGGAGGGGCGGCCGCGGGAAGAGAUAACCAGCCUCAUCAUCCAGUACUACGGCACCGAGGAAUCCAUCGAACUCAUCGACGACCUGAUGGACAAGCUGCCCAGGCAGGACGCCGCCGUGCAGCAGCCGCUCAGAGACAUGAAGGACGAGCUGGAGAAAUUCAAGGAGCAAAACCAAGGGGGUGAGCGUGUUCCGCUACACGAGGAGGAGGAAGAUGAGUAGGAGGAGGACGAGGACGAGGAGGACGAGGAGGAGGAGGGAGAAGAGGAGCCACCUCCAUACAUCAUCCAUCAGCCAGUGUGGCCCUCUUCUAAUCCAUAUCCAUAUUAAUGGCAAUAAUCGUAUUUUUCAUAUAGAGUGUAUGAGAGCUUCUGGUUUUGGGCAUGCUGGCUGCGCAUCACUCUCAUUCACCAAUAGGUAAUGUUUAGAUGGAUUUAGGAACUUCCCCUUGAUUCUAUUGGGUCUAACGGUUCAAAAGAGAUGUCAAUCACCAAAAUCGACCAAUGGGUUCCAGAGAUAUGGAAAAUGCACCCAAAAUGACCCCAGUAGUGUUUCUUUGUGCUAAACCUCUCUAAAAAGGUCAAAUGUCACUUGUUUUGCAUCAAUCUUGAUACAGGGUACUUAUUAUAUGUUAUAGUUUGGAUUCCUAAAGCUUUUAGUCUACUACCCCAUCAUGCAAGGGUGGUUUUCA